AUGGCAAAUAUCCGAAGGCAAAGAGAGGUCGAUGCUCGAGAGAUGGCCGAAUUACUUCGGCAAAAUGCCGAGCUCCAGAGCCUGAAUCAAACGAAUGUGCCGUCUACUCCCACACUAGCGGAAGAGUCCGCUUAUCACGCCCCAACCGACCAGGUCACUCGGACUCUGGCGACAUCUUUAAUAGCCAACAAGGCCGAUACAUCCGGCCAUUCCCUGAGGCACCCUUUCUCCAGACGAAUAAUGGAAGCAACUUUACUGGACCAUUGGAAGAGCAUGCCAAUCGAGAAGUACGAUGGUUCGACCGACCUCGAGGAGCACUUGAAUGUUUUCUUGACUCAGGCAACUCUCUCCACUCAAGACGACUCGGCAUUGUGUCGAAUAUUCCCCACGUCACUGAAAGGGAGGGCUCUAAGCUGGUUCACCAGACUGCCGACUUCUUCCAUCGACUCGUUCACCGAGUUGUCAUCCCAGUUUACUUUGCAAUUUGCCACGAGUAAUCCGUACAGGACCACCUCGUUAGCCUUAGCGGGGGUCCAUCAAGAGAAGAAGGAAAGCCUGAGGAGUUUCAUGGACCGAUUCAACAAGAUCGCAAUGGAGAUUGGUGAUCUCAACCCUGCCGUGGCCUUGGACCGGGCCAAGGUGCUGGAGCAGGCUCUUGCGUCGGAGAUUUUGGUGAUACCAAAGAGGGCGAACACUCCUCCGAGAGCCGACAAGGCUAAAACUUGCCGAUUCCACCGAAAUCGAGGCCAUUCAACAGAGGAGUGCUCGACAUUAAAAGACAAACUUGAAGACCUUAUCAAGCAGGGUCACCUUAGGAACUUCGUCUCAUCCCAAGACCACCGACCAAGAGGGAGAGAAAAAUACCCUCGAAGAACGUCGUCACCCGGGGAACGACGCCGUCGAUCUCGGUCUGUUGAAAGGAAAGACCACCCCCGGAGCUCGCGAGACGACAAUGAUCGCCCGAGGAAGAUAAUAAAUACAAUUGCAGGAGGCUUCGCCGGGGGAGGCUCUACGUCCUCUGCGCGGAAAAGACACCUCCGGGCGGUACGGUCAGUGAACAGCGUUGAUCGGCCGAAGACACCGAAAAUGCCGCCGAUAACUUUUUCAGACCAAGAUUUCUGGGGUAUCGACCCGGUCCAGGACGACCCCAUGGUAAUCUCCGUCGAAAUGCAUAAUUGCAUUGUGAAGAAGACCCUGGUCGACCAAGGAAGCUCCGCCGACAUCUUGUAUUGGAACACUUUCGUGCAACUAGGAAUCCCUGAGGAGAGCUUAGAGCCGUAUCAUGAGCCCCUGGUCGGCUUCUCGAGUGAGCGAGUGAUGACAAGGGGAUGCAUUGACCUGUACACCCACUUUGGUUUCGAUCAAAGGUCUUUCCGAGAGAUCAAAAUCCGAUACAUAGUGGUGCAUGCAAAUACGUCAUACAACAUUCUCCUAGGGAGACCGUCGAUCAAUGCGUUAGGGGCCAUCGUUUCGACGCCUCAUCUGUGUAUGAAGUUUCCGUCGAGGGAUGGGCAAGUUAUCACCGUGCAUGCCGACCAAAAAACCGCAAGGGAGUGCUAUCUCUCUAGUUUGAGAGUGCAGCCUAUUGCCGAGCCGUCGACCACAAAGAUAGGCGUGAACGUGGUCGCACAAGGGAUAGCCGAGGGUAUUGACCUCGAUCCUCGGUUAGGAGAGGAAGAGUGGAUCGAGGCGGCUGAAGACCUCGUCUCAUUUCAGCUCGGUCGGUUACCUGAGCAAAUCACGCGCCUUGGAUCCCAAUUGAGAGAGAUCGAUGCGAGCCGGGUUAAACGAGCAGUUUGA